UAUAUGCUUAUUACUCAGCAAAAUUAAUUAUCUAUGCAAUUCUGUAUCUGGCCAUAAAGUUUUAUAUUUCAUUUUUUCUCCUUUCAGACAUUGAUAGAGACUUCUCCAUUUGUUUUUACUCAAAGAAGAAUGGAAUGGCAUCCACUGCAGCACCAUUCCCUCUGGGAAUCACCACUUUUUCUGUUGGGUUCUGGAUCAGGCUUUUAAAUGUCAUGGAUACUGGGACAUUCCUAACUGUAUAUGGUUCUGUGAGCAACACAACAGGAGCCAACAAGACAGUCUUCCUGCAGGCUCACAGUAGCGGCAUCAACAUCACUGAUCAGUACAUCUCCUUUGAUAUGUCCAUACUGAAUCAGCUUGGGGUACAGGACAGGAACUGGCACUACCUGAUGCUUCUGGUGGACAGUGGUGGGACAACUCUGUAUUUUGAUGGUUUUAGGAAUCCUUCAGUUGUUACAGUAGCAAGUGUUCCAAAUUAUGGUUGGAUCGUAGUAGGAAGUACUGAAGGCUAUGUGGAUGGAGGGACGGAGGGUUUUCAAGGCUGCUUGAGUCGUCUAGAUGUCUGGAGCAGUCUUGUAUCUUUGUCAGAUCUUUCUAAAUUGUAUGAGUUUAGGACAACAUUUUCUGUAUCUGUUCACUUGAUUGCAAGGCCAGUUGAAUUCAAGCUACAGGGAUCAGUUGAGAAAAUCUGGCCCAGCAACAUUACUCAAGAAUAUCCACUACCCAGUGGUGUCCAGCUUGCAGUGUCCACAUGUCCAGCAGAUCAGCAGGUGGUCAGCAGACAGAGGACAGUGGAGGGGAACUGGCAGGAACCAACAUUCCAGGGUCAUCUGCCCAGUACUGUUAUCUCUAACUACAACAGAAGUUCAACCUUCACUUGGGGCAAAUAUGAAGUUGUCUAUUCUGCCUGUGAUUCUAAGGGAGACUCUGUCAACUGUGGCUUCAGUUAUUAUGUGAAAUCUGAUGACUGUACAACCCCUGAUGCCCCACGUAAAGGCUACCAGAACUGUAGCUCCAGUGCAGAUGGCCAGUAUAAGACCUGUAUGGUGGCCUGUGACCCUGGCCACGCCUUCCUUAAACCUGUGCCCAAGAUGGGCUACACCUGUGGGCCCUCUGGUGUCUGGAAUCCUAAAAACCCACUAGGGAAAUUCAUCUACCCUGCUUGUGGAGUUAUAGAAUUGAGAAAAAUUCAGAUCCAUUUUAGAAUAAAAUUGAACCUGAGUGGAUUUGUAGACUGUAAUGAUGGACCACGCAUGAGUAUCCUGUUAGGUUACUUCAGAGCUGGCUUCAUCACCCUGGCAAACACGUGGCAAGGAUUCUGCACUCCUUCAUGCCGGAAUGUAAAAAUAGUCAUCACUUCAUGUAAUAGUUCAACAGCAAAGAGAAGAAAGAGGGCAACAGGAGAAGUGGCUACUGUGGAGUUUACCAUUGAAAAUGCAAAUGAAACACUGUACAAUGUAAGUGGCUCUGGUAAUGCUACUGCAGUUGACAUCAUAACUCAAGCCUUGCUGCAAGAUGGAGUGUUUGAAAUAAGUGGGAUUGCUGCUGGGUCUUCCACUGAUACAUCUGACAGCAUCAUAGAUGUUAAGUCUAUAUGUAAUGAAGGCUUUCAAGUACUUGGCACACAGUGUGUGCAAUGUACAGUUGGAACCUUCUACAAUAACAACACUGCCCAGUGUGAAGACUGUCCCAUUGGUCAGUAUCAGAGUGGAAAUGGUCAGUUUAGCUGCAACCCAUGUCCACCUGGCCGGACCACUCUGGCUGUGGGUGCUGUUAAUAACACUUAUUGUAUUGUGGUCUGUCCACCAGGGACCAAGAAAGUGAACAACACAUGUGCUGUGUGUCCAGUGGGGACUUAUCAGGACCAGAGNAAUUGUUUUCUUUAUUUAUGCCAGGUAUGUAGUUUUCAGUACAGAAUUAAAGGUAAUUGUGUGUGUGUGUUUGUUUGA